AUGUCUCAGACUGCGAAUAUCCAUCGACACUCUCCGACAGAGGGACAAUCUCACUGGCUGUUCCCAGAAGUGACGUCUCGCCCAAAGUUAAUCGACGAGCCAGGAAUGCGUCAGAGCGUCAAGAUGGCUAGUCCAGAACCGUCUGCCGACACUGAAUCUCUGUCGAAUCCCGAAGUCACCAUCUACACGCCUCCAUCGACACGUGCACGCUCGCAAGGCGAGUCGCUGUCGGUACUGACGAGAGCUGGAUGCCGCUCACCCGAUUGGCUAUGGUUUGCCGUGGUAGACGAGUCGCCUGGCAGUUCCGACGUCUACGUCUUUGACCCUGGCAGCGAGUCCGCGCGCACCUCGUGGCUGCGCGAGCUGACGGACAUUCAGCAGAUGCAGGCGGAGAUUCAACUGGCCCUGCAGAACCCACGUCGGUUCCACUACGUCUCACGAGUCGGCAGACAGGCAAAGACGCACUCCUCCAGCGACGUGACCUUCCUCUUCGCUGGUGACCGUGGAUGUCGCAACUGCUUCCUCUCCGCGCAUUCCUCGUCCACGCGACUUCCAGUUGACGCGUCCUCGACAGGCAGUGAAGACGGACCGAUUCACUUUCGCAACAUAUCCGCUCCCCACACCCAUGAAAACAAGCUUCCUUCUGAAAAUCGGUCGCUUGAAGGAUGGUCAGAAGUCACUGAUUGUCUGAAAAGGCUAAUCCUCUUUUCUCAAUUGCACAAACACCAGGCUGAAAGUGAUUCGUCCUCCCAGAAGGGCCUAAUCUUGCACUUCUCGGCCAAUAUCUCCAAUGAGAGUUCGGUUCCGGACAUUGUGCAGACACCGGACGAUGUGUUCCUCGCCCCCUUUCCCCCAACCAGCCAAUCAGAUGAGGGCAACCAAGACAACAACCAUUUGAAACUACCGGUAGACACGACGCGCCGUUCGUACACUCGACGUCGAAGUCUUUCACAGGGCGACGCAGACACUUCGGAAGAACGUCUAGCAGAGCGAUCCCAGUUGCCAAGGCAACACGCCAUCCAAGUUGGCACCUCGUCCCUCAGCUCGUCGUCCGGGCCUUCUUCAGUUUGCGAGGCUUCGACUGCGCCUGUCGACACGUGUGACGCAAAAAGCCCCAGUGAAGACACAGGGGGUGCACCAGGUAGUCACGACGUCUCCCCCACCGACAACCCGACCCGUAUUCGACGCCGACUCUUCCGCUGGUCCAUCGUCGACAAGUCAACGCUUAUCGAAACCUCCAAGUCCCCUCCAGGCCUGCUCGUCGCCACCUGUACCCCCCAGACGUCCGAUCGAUGCACGGGGCGUCAGCGUCUUGGCUCUGUGACCCCGCAACUCUUCAGGAAGCCCUCGCUGUUGUUCGGCUCUCGCAAGACCUCCGAACCGCCCAAGGCGCCGUCGAUGCGCAUGAUAUCUCGCUUCCGUCUCUCCUUCCGAGUUGGAAGUCACCAGACGGGUCUUCCAGCUGCCACCUCCACCGACGCUGUCUGA